AUGAUUGGCCCUGCCAAUCCCUUGCUGCUGCUUACAAUUGGAUUCGUGGUGGUUUUGUUCCUUCGAUCUCGAAAGUCAUCAAAAAAAGCUCUACCGGAUGUCCCCUGGAUCAACACUCAUGAUGGAGAAUUCUUGACGAGGAUUCGCGCCCGCUUUCGAACCACCUUCAACUACAAAGAGGCAAUAUAUCAAGCCUAUGAGCAGUGUUCAAAGCGGGAUCGGCCCUGCAUCAUAGCCGAUAUCAAUGGCGAGGAAAUAAUAAUGCCAAUAUCGGCCAUGUCAUGGUUUAUCAGUCAACCAGAUAGUGUCCUCAGCGCGGAUGAGAUGCACCGAGACGUCUUGCAAAUCGAUCAUACCUUUGUACACCCCUUUAUCGUCGAAAGGCCGCUUCACCACGAGACCGUCCGAAUUGAUCUAACCCGGCAGUUGGGUGCUCUUACGAGCGAUAUCAUGGAUGAGCUCUCUACAUGCUUCGACGAAUACUGGGGCACUGACACAGAGAACUUCAAAGAACUUUGUGUGAUGGACUCGGUGAUGCAAAUUAUUGCACGCACAAGUAACCGUGCUUUGGUUGGUUUACCAGCGUGCCGCAAUCAAACCUUGCUUGAGCAUGGCAAAGGGUUCGCCACAUCCAUAGCCAUAAGCUCAGCGCUCCUAAAACAAAUGCCUGCGUUCCUUCGUCCUCUUCUGAGUCCUCUGAUAACGCUUCCGAAUCGGAGACAUACACGGGGGUUCGCAAAGAUCUUGACGCCAGAGAUACAGCGACGCCAAAGAUUGUUCGCCGAAGGGUCCGACGAUGAAAAGGAGAUGGGCGAGGUAGAGCCGAACGAUUUUUUGCAGUGGUCGAUACGUCGCGCACAAGAAUGCGGCUCUUCGGUCGAGAAUGACCCGAGCAUCAUCGCUGAACGAACGCUUGCCGUGAACUUUGCUGCGAUCCAUACUUCGACUUUCAGCAUCACAAACAUUAUUUUCGAUCUGGUGAGCUCAGACCCUUCUAUGCAGUACAUGGACAUCCUCCGCAACGAGGUCGCUUCGGUGCUUGCCGAAGAGAAUGGGAACUGGUCAAAGCAAGGUCUCGCCAAAAUGGUCAAACUGGACUCGGCUUUGCGAGAAUCAUCUCGUCUGGGGUCCUUUGUCGGCGCGCUUUCGCGUCUGUGCGUUAGUCCCCAGGGUGCGACCGCUCCAGAUGGCACAUUCCUGCCUUACGGAAGUACCAUUUCUGUACCAACAACCCCGGUACAGAACGAUCCGAUGCUGUAUGCCAAUGCAAGUGCUUUCGAUCCCUUCCGUUUCUCAUCUCAACGUGAAGCCUUAAGUACCGGGGGCCCUGGCGACGAGGACAAUACUACGACGAGCAAUCCUUCGGCAUACCUGGAAAAGGCAAACCUAAGUUUUGUCAGCACGUCGCCAUCAUAUCAUCCCUUUGGGCACGGUCGACACGCUUGUCCCGGACGCUUUUUCGCAGCAAAUGAGCUCAAGUUACUGUUGGCAUACAUGCUCCUCAACUAUGAGUUUGAGAUGCUACCCACGAGGCCCAAGAACAUUUGGAUGGGCCGAACACAUUUGCCGCCGAUGAAAGCCACUGUCAAGAUCCGGAGAAGGGCAUGA